GAAAAUCCAUGAAAGCAUUUCAAAAGAUCUCUCUACUUUUAAUUCUUGUCUGCCAUUAACGAUCCAUAAAUAUAACACUUGUCUCAGGUCGUAACUCGUAAGUCACCCACCUUUCUCUGGGUUUUACUAGUUUUAUUUCUCGCUGAGACCAGCCGGAAAGUCAAUUUUCCGGCUGUUUUUCCGGCGCUAUGGUCUAGCUCUUUAUUACAGUUGUCUUUUUGAGUUUUUAAAGACCAUUCAUCUUUGUCAAUCUCUGUCUAUAUCUAUCAUGUCUGAAAAAAAUAGGUCGAUGCGUGUUUUCAGUUCAGGGUGCUGUUUCUCAACUCCUGUUUUCUGUUAGGUAGCUGCUACUAGAUUACUCUGUGUCUCUUUCCUAUAAUCUCUGAGUCUGAGAUAGCUCAUUUGUAAGAAACACUGCUCGUUCUGUUCGUCGCUUUCUGAUCUUUUGGUUCUAUAGAAACUAGAAAGCGACUUCAUUUGGUUUCUCGUUAAAAGCAGAGUUGAACCACGGUUUUCCAUCUUAACAAUUUUCCUGUCGUUUUUCUUUUAAAACUAGACCAUAUCUCCAUUUGGUUUUUUGGAUUUAGCUCAUAUCUUCAUCUGGGUCUCCUUCUGAACCGUCAAAAUCCAUUUGAUUGAGUAAAAAAAAGGACAAAAUGAUCACCGGAACCGACAUGUAUCACGUUCUCGCGGCCGUAGUGCCUCUCUAUGUGGCUAUGAUCCUUGCUUACGGUUCGGUGAAAUGGUGGAAGAUAUUCAGCCCCGAUCAGUGUUCCGGCAUCAACCGCUUUGUCGCUCUGUUCGCUGUUCCUCUGCUUUCUUUUCACUUCAUCUCUACUAAUAACCCAUACACCAUGAACAUACGUUUCAUUGCUGCUGAUACGCUUCAGAAGAUCAUUGUCUUAUCUGUCCUUGCAAUCUGGUCAAGAGCCAGCUCGAGAGGCUCCCUUGAAUGGUCGAUAACACUCUUCUCCCUCUCUGCUCUCCCCAACACUCUUGUUAUGGGCAUUCCCCUUCUGAAGGGUAUGUAUGGAGAGUUGUCAGGGAGUUUAAUGGUUCAAAUCGUUGUUCUCCAGUGCAUAAUCUGGUACACUUUGAUGCUCUUCUUGUUCGAGUACAGAGGAGCCAGGCUUCUCAUCGUAGAACAGUUUCCGGACACCGCUGGUUCGAUAAUUUCCUUUAGGGUUGACUCUGAUAUCAUCUCCUUAGAUGGUAAAGAGCCUCUCCAGACAGAGGCAGAGGUCAGCGAAGAUGGCAAGCUUCACGUUACAGUGAGGAAAUCCACGAGCUCGCGGUCGGAGAUAUUUUCCCGACGAUCUCAUGGACCCAACUCUGGCGUUUCUUUGACUCCUCGGCCGUCGAACUUGACAAAUGCAGAGAUUUACUCUCUACAAUCCUCGAGAAAUCCAACACCAAGAGGGUCGAGCUUCAACCACACUGAUUUCUAUUCCAUGCUGAACGGGAGAAAUGCCAACAGUGCAAGUCCCAGACGAUCCAAUUUCGGGAAUUUGGGUUUUGAUGAGGACAAUGGUAUGGUCAAUCCACUGAGGGCUAAUGGGAUUUUUUCACAAGGAAAUUCAGUGGAGGGUGUUGGCUAUCCAGCGCCACCUAAUGCCGGAAUAUUUUCUCCGGCGGCCGGACCCGGGGCCAAGGAGAAGGCCAAUGGGAUCGGUGGGGAGAAAGAUCUGCACAUGUUUGUUUGGAGUUCCAGUGCUUCCCCAGUCUCUGAAGGGGGAAUUCAUGUCUUCAGAGGAGGAGAUUUUGGUAAUCAACAUGGAGGUGUAGCUCAUCCUGCAGGUAAUCAUGCAAAAGAUUAUGAAGAGUUUGGCCGGGAUGAGCGAGAGGGACCAGUCUUGUCGAAGCUGGGCUCAAGCUCUACAGCCGAGCUUCACCCAAAAGCUGGGGUCCAUGGAGACUCUAAACCUACAUCCAUGCCACCUGCCAGUGUUAUGACCAGACUCAUUCUGAUAAUGGUCUGGCGUAAGCUCAUUAGGAAUCCGAACACAUACUCCAGCCUCAUUGGCCUUACCUGGUCUCUAGUAUCUUUCAGGUGGGAGAUUGAGAUGCCAGCAAUCAUAGAUGGUUCGAUUAAGAUUCUAUCGAAUGCGGGUCUCGGAAUGGCUAUGUUCAGUCUUGGUUUGUUUAUGGCCUUGCAGCCAAGGAUCAUUGYUUGUGGGAAUUCAGUUGCUGCCUUCACCAUGGUUGUUCGGUUCCUCACAGGUCCUGCUGUCAUGGCUGCAGCCUCAAUUGCUGUUGGUUUGCGAGGCGUCCUCUUACAUGUUGCCAUUGUACAGGCAGCUCUUCCCCAAGGAAUUGUCCCCUUUGUCUUUGCCAAGGAAUAUAAUGUGCAUCCUGACAUCCUGAGCACAGGGGUUAUCUUUGGAAUGUUAAUAGCUCUGCCAAUAACACUAGUUUACUAUAUCUUACUGGGGCUUUGAAGAUGAUGGAGAGCUGCUGAGAAAGGUUAUACAAACUGUAAAGCUUUUACCCUUUAUUGAGCCAUUUUUUUGGCUUAUCUUAACAGAACAGCUGAUGUCUUCAGUGAAAAGAGAGAAAGAGAAGACAAUUGACUGCAAAGUGAAAAAGGAAAAGGGGAGAGAUAAGGACAUGACCAUGGAGUACAAUUUUGAAUGUUUUUCUUUUCUUUUCCUUGUCUUUUGUUAUUGUUCUUUUGGAAACUAGGGAAAAGUUAAGCAAUGUUGCUACUUUGAAUGUGGAAAGGGAUAACUGAAAGCUAUAGUGACAUUUGUUCUUUAAUGGUUACUUUUGAGCACUUAUCACUAGUAAUUCGGCUAUUCCAAUGUCAUGAAAGAAAUAUCUGGUUCCUUUGCU